UUUCUAUAUACUCCGAUAUAUUGGCAUCUAAAUGGAUUCUCCACCACCUUAUUCUAAAGUUUGUAGCAGUCCUAGCGGUGUUGGGAAAGUAUCAUCAAAUGCGUCCGUUGGUUCUCCAAACUUCUCAGGAGGAUCUGCUAGUUCUCGGACAUUUACUCCAAUGCUUCCACCUAUAUAUGGGCCAUAUCCUGUUGAAAUGGACUGUCCGAGUUGUAAAUCUCGUAUUCUUACCAACACUGCUACUUCGAUUGGUGCUCUCGUUUGGAUGUCCGUCCUGUAAUAUCUAUCUAGGGAAGUAUUCUCGUCUAUAGCAAGGUGAAGUGCCGAUAUUUGUGUUAGGAGUAAUAUAAAAAUAUAACAAAUGAUCUCAGGUUGUUUAAAUUAUAAUUGUUUUUAAUGUCAUAAUCUUUAAUAAAUUCAAUUGUCUUUCUGUUUGUGUAGUCAACUCUCAUUUCAUAAUAAUUUACUAUUCGGGACACGCCUAGGUAGCGCAAAGCCAUAACUAGCUCGAAAAUUUCUG